AUGGAGAUUGAACAAAAUAUUGCUAUAAACGAAUCAAAAUUUGAUAUUAAAUUAAAUCGUGCUCCAAUUGCUCAAGAAGAAAUUCAAGAUGUAGAUGAAUAUGCUGAUGAAUAUUUUGAUUUGCCUGUUAACUCUUCGUCUCCUUGUUUAAUUCAGUCUACUUCACAACGUUCAGAAUCAAUGAUUGUGCAUAUUGGUGAACGCCAUCAUCAGAAACAUGGCAAGCAGCGACGUAAAAGAAAGCAGGAUCCUUUCGGGAAUUUGAUUUUGUCUACAAAGAAGAUGAAAUUGAAUGAUGUGGGAAACGAGAAGGAUAAAAAGGAAAUCAAUGAAGGUCAACAAUCCAACUCUAAAUCUCUAGUCAUUGAAGAGGCAGACGAUAUUGAACUUUUCUAUGGAGGCGAUGACGAGUCUGGUGAUUCAGCUGAUGACUAUGACGAUGAAGAUUCUAAUGCUGAGCAAUAUUAUGCUAAUGAUUAUCCGGAUGAGGAUGGCGCUAAUGAAUUUGAAAAUGAAUCUACAAGCGAGGACGGAUAUUUUGAUCAUUAUGGCGAUGAGCAGCCAAAAUAUCGAAAUUAUGCAUAUGAACUCAGCAGCGACCAAGAGGAUUUUGAUUAG